CACCAUUCGCUACAUUUCAAUUUUCUGGCUGGUCUGCGGCUAACUUCGUUUCGCUAUCAAAAUUGGUCUUCGAAUUCUCGUCGUACUGCGCGAGCCAAGAAAAUGCGAUGAGAUAAAUUCGUUCUUAUGGGUGCCGAUUCUGUAUCUAUGGUAUAGGGAGCGUAGCAGCAGCAGCAGUGUGUUUAGUCCCCGAAGUUUCCAGCGAAUUGCUUAGGACGCGCAGGAACUGAUCCGUCUGAAACUAGCGUUCGGACCGUGUUGGUGUAACAAACUCGCGAAAACGAAAGAAUCUGGACGAUUGUGAGCCCUACCACAAUACCACACAUACUCGAGGAUGGCUUCGUCGACAGGAGUUGUCGUUCCACGAAACUUUCGCCUUCUUGAAGAACUCGAAGCAGGACAGAAGGGCGUAGGUGACGGUACCAUAUCUUGGGGUCUCGAGAAUGACGAUGAUAUGACCCUUACUCAUUGGACUGGCAUGAUCAUUGGUCCUCCCAGGACUCCUUACGAAAACAGAAUGUACUCACUUAAAAUAGAAUGUGGCGAGCGCUAUCCGGACGAGCCACCAACACUGAAAUUUCUAUCGAAAAUCAACAUUAACUGCAUCAACAGUCAGAACGGUGUGGUUGAUCACAGGAUGGUUCCGGUGCUGAGCAGAUGGAACCGUGAUUACACGAUUAAGACAAUUUUACAAGAAAUACGUAGGAUUAUGACGCUAAAGGAAAACCUAAAGUUAACACAGCCUCCGGAGGGUAGCUGCUUUUAGUGCUCUUAAUUCAACUCUUAAACCGAAUCCGUGAGCAAAAGGGAGAAAAAAAAUGAGUGCGAGAAAAAGGCGAACAACAUGAAACUAUGCAAGUGGAAAGUUUACAGAGUGAGGUAAUAAAGAGAAGAAGAUACAAGCUGAAAGAAGUAAGACACACAUAAACACACACACACCGUAAGUUAUAAAUCCACAAAAUAAUGAUGAUGAUGAUGAUGAUGAUGAUGAUGAUGUAGGCCAGAAAGUCAAUGCGCUAAAUCGCUAAAACACAACUUAUAAGCAAACCAAUAAUAAGUGGUAAUGCUCGGGAAAUACUAAAAAACACUUGGGAAAGAAAAUUAAUUGUACAUGCACGCUAUACAUAUAUAUACAGUGCAGCAAACCAAGGACAGUAGUAGCAAAUGGGAGUCACUGAACCUUAAAACAUUUGAAAAGUACUGAGCAAAAAAGAAAAGGAAAAACGGAAACAAAAGUCGCAAGCAGAGCAUUAACUGUAGCGUAAACGAAGCGUGAAAGGACACUGCUCCUCUUGCUCGUCCUACUAGAGAGCAACAGAACCGAAUAAAAGGAAAUAAACCUCCUUUUGAAAAAGGUGAAAACAUAACGCAUACCCUUUCUGCUAGUCCGGUGUAUCUGCGUUUGGUAACGCAGCUUAACAAACAAACCUAACAGCCUACAUGCGUGCGCGCUUGAUACCGGUGAUCCCACUCAUAUCCGUUGUUACACAUCCGAUCAAUGAAAGAGGAUCGACAGCACAGUGCACUGUGUUAUAGGGCUGCAGCGAUCUUGCAGUGAGCAUUAGCAAAGAUUGUGCUGCUAGUGCUGUUUGACCGAAGCCAGCAAGCAAGUCAGCUGGUCCGGUUGGUAGAUCUGAACAAAAUAAAAACCCACCAUAUGGGGUUACAAAAAUAGUCUUUCGAGAAGCAAGCAAUCGCUCGCACCUUUGUUCCCUUUAGUUUCCCCUUAAUUUUUUGGUGAAUUCUUGAAUCUUGAACUUACGGCCCCUACAACCUAAAACCAUUCUUAUUUGAUGCUGUGGAUGGAUUAAUAUACGCGAGUCAUCCUUUUACUCUUUCCAUUCGAACAGUUUCUGAAACUAUUGGUUACGUUCCAAUUUUGAGGGUUCAAUCCAGUCGUGUGAUCUUAUGCUGAAAGUAAGAUCGUGUGCACGUGACUGAUCUUUGGCGCGCUAUCUGUUUAGGGUGAUAUUAAGACUUUUCCACGAAAGUAUCUUAAAAAUAUUAGAGAAUGUUUUUCUCGGUUUUUUCUUUCUUCUCAUGCUCGUGCUUGUGUCAAGCAAUUUUUCUUUCUUGGCCCAUCUUAUAACGUCGGCAUUGUUUCACAGUUAGAGUCUUGCUUGUAACAGUUGAUAGUGUUAUUAAGUUAAGCGUGGGAAUGAUAUCAAGAUUGAUUGUGUUACACAGUCGGGAUCAUGAUAAUCAUUUCAUAAAAGGGACUAAAACACUGUAGGUUGGAGAGUGAAUGAAACCAUUCUCCCCACACAUGCAACCGAUGCCAGCUUUAUAACUGUAUGACUAUUGGGAAGUAAUAUUACAAUAAUCAUAGCAAAAAUAAAAUGUCCUUAAUCGUGCAUGGGUUUGCUGUGAGGUAUCGUGCUUUGCAAAAGAUUGAAAACCAAAUCACUCAACUCAAAAUAUUUGCAUUAAAUUUGAACAAGCAAUCUUUCGUUCUUUUUUUUUUGUUUCACCAAUGACAAAGCUGGGACGCGUAAAGAAGGUACGAUCUAAGCAGUAGUGAUCGAACAGAGCCGAUACGAUACGUUCCCUUUUUUAUACUAGGCAUAUGUAGGUGGCCCCCGGGAAUGUUUGCAAAACUUGUCGCAAUUGAAAAUAUGGUAAAAAGUAAUAAAAUUAAAGGGUGAUAGAAGAUUAACGAAGUGAGAGACUAUGUUAAUCUACAAGCUACAGAAGCGGGGGAAACAGUAUUCCAAAGCCAAUUAGGAGGACAAAACAGAAAUAAUCGAAAUGUUGCGACCAGCUGCAGGGUGCAAUGACACAGGACAUGUUUCUUUUUUUUUGUAAGAACUUAAACGAAAGCAAAGCAUUGAAACAGAAUUACGAUUCCGUACCACGCGUGUGUUGCCGUAAAGAACGCCAACAAGAGAAGAUGAAACUAACUUCCGACGAUUAACGUUACCCGGUAGGAUCUUUCGCAUCUAAGCAGCACAUUAGUGCUACAAUACCAUCACGAUAUGUUCUGUGCUACUAUUGCAACAUCUUAUCAUGCUGCGCGCUAGUGAAAAGGAGUCACUUGUGGCUAGGAAUAGCAAUGAGAGUAGUGUUGUGUUAGGCAAUGCUGAUUCGAACGAUGUUGGAAAUAGAGUGGAGUGUUUAGUUUUUCUUUUUCGUUCUGCCGAUCCUUCACAUGUCCUUAAGAUCCUGAAGAAGUUUUUGGGCAUGAUAAUGGACCUACAGUACAUUGACGGUUUUCCUUUCGUUACUGCCUACCUAUAAUAACGUUAGCGCUUUAACAGAGACACGAGAAAGAAUGUGUAUGCCGUCGUAAUUUCUUGGCCGGCGAAGCAAGAAGAAAAAUGUGAUGUAAACCGAAAUGAAGGGUAAAUAAAUUUAUCUUAGCUUCAAGGA